AUUGGUAUCGCACCGCGGUCGGCGGAGAGUUACUGUUUGUCUUCGUUAAAACCUUCCGUCCGUUUUGAAUGCAACAAAGUGUGACGCUUGAAUCUCCCGUCUCAUCAAACAGAUGUGGAUACACUGCUCGGCUUCCUGCUGAAUUGCAAACACAGGCAGUCAGCUGCCGCGCUCUUCAGGCAGUGCAGAGAGCGUCAGUGUCCGUCAGAGGCACGAUGAAGCGACUGGGAGCUGCCCAGUUAAGGUGAAGGGGAGGGCAGAGGACCCCAGUUCAGCCUGAGUGUGGAUGACCUGUCCCCGGAAAUAGGACCAUGAUCUGAAGAGGGCGCCACGCACCGAACCCCGUUCUUCCUCUCCUCCUUCUCCCUAUCUUUUUUCUUUUUUUUUUUUAUAUUUACGGGGUGACAGCCUCCCUGCCCGGCUGCUUCCAACAGUGUCAGCGUGCACGGAGAGGACAAACUGAAAGAGACUAGACAUUUUAAGGAGGAAGAAAUACAACGACAUCCAUUCUUGACCUCUGACCUUGCCACGCCCUCUUGCCCCUCCCACCGCAACAUCGGAAACAUGGGGAGGAAAAAGAUUCAGAUUCAGAGGAUCACUGACGAACGCAACAGACAGGUGACGUUCACCAAGCGGAAGUUUGGUCUGAUGAAGAAGGCAUACGAGCUGAGUGUCCUGUGUGACUGCGAGAUCGCCCUCAUCAUCUUCAACCACUCCAACAAGCUGUUUCAGUACGCCAGCACUGACAUGGACAAGGUCCUGCUCAAGUACACCGAGUACAACGAGCCGCACGAGAGCCGGACCAAUGCUGACAUCAUUGAGGCUCUGAACAAGAAAGAGCACCGGGACUCUGAGAGCCCAGACCCCGAGGAGCCCUUCUCCCUCACCCCCCGCACUGAGGAGAAAUACAAAAAAAUUGACGAGGAGUUUGAUAAAAUGAUGCAGAACUAUAGGCUGUCAUCUACAGUCCCACAGCCCACCUUCUCCAUGCCAGUCACCGUGCCAGUAUCCAAUCAGAACGCAGCAGCGGCGGCAGCCCUUCAGUUCAGCAACAAUCCCGGUGGCGCCCUGGUCACCACCACCUCUUUUGUCACCUCCACCCUCACAGACCCCCGCCUCCUGUCGCCACAGCAACCAGCUCUGCAGAGGAACACCGUGUCGCCAGGGUUACCACAGCGACCAGCCAGCGCAGGUGCUCUGUUGGGAGGAGAUCUGGGGAAUUCAAAUGGAGCGUGCCCGAGUCCAGUCCCUAAUGGCUACAUCAGUGCCAGGGCCUCCCCGGGCCUCCUCUCCGUAUCCAACGGCAACAGCCUGGGGAAAGUAGUCCCAGCUAAGUCUCCGCCUCCGCCCAGCCCUCAGAUGGUCAACAGCCGCAAGCCGGACCUGAGGGUCAUCACCUCACAGGGCAGCAAGAGCCUCAUGCAGCUGACAGAGGAAGAGCUGGAGUUGGUGAGUGAGAAUGCCCAGCGGCUAGGUGGCUCCCAGGUGGCGCAGCCGCUCACCACACCAGUGGUCUCCGUGGCAACACCCAGUCUGCUAGCGCCCUUCUCUGGCAUGCAGACGGCCUACAACACUGAGUACCAGCUGACGAGUGCAGAUCUCACAGCACUCCAGACGUUCACACCACCAGGGCUGGUGCCUGGCAACAUGGCUGCCUGGCAACAGCAACCAGCAGUCUCCCAGCAACAACAGCAGCAGCACCAACAACAGCAACAGUCACAGCAGCUGAGCUUGGCAUCGCUCAGUAACUUGGUCAUGUGGGGUGCAGAGAAACAGAAUGCAGAGAUGGUUAACUGCAUCUCCAAUUUUGCUGCUAACCUGAGCUUGGCCUCUCAGUCCAACUUGCUCUUUGGCAGGGAGGAGGGCCUCUGCUGCAACGGCACCCCAGUGGCACCGCCAUCCAUCUACCUGCGCCGGCCUGAGCCACGACGCACAGGUUUGAUGAAGUGGGCAUGGCGAGAGACGGAGCCGAUGGGCCAAAUACCUCAGGGCGCCGCACUGACAGUCAACACAAACCCCAACAUCAACAUCAAGUCCGAACCUGUCUCACCAAACCGCGACCGCAGCACUCCCAGCUCCACCUGCGGCGCUGGGGGAGGUGGAGGCGGGGGAGGCCAGGGUCAAGUCCAGGGACAAGGUCUGGUUACAGUCGCCUACCCUGGUACCCUGCGCCUGGAAAUGGGAGGUCAAGGCCGCUCACCAGUCGACAGCCUCAGCAGCAACGGCAGCUCGUAUGAGGGCAGCGACCGGGAUGACGGCACCCAGGGACGAGGCGGGGGUCAGGACUUCCACCACCAGGCCAGCGCCGGGGCCCAGCAGCCCACCAUGGUCCUCCUGCGGCCCUCUUCGGCUGAGCCUCAGGAGCAGGACGGGACCAACGUCAAGCGAAUGAGACUGGAUACCUGGGUCACAUGAAGAGAUGAGCGGAGAGGGAUGGAUGGACGGACAGAUGGAGGAUGGAGAUGUGUUCUUGUGGCUUGUGUACAUGCCCCCACCAGCCCUGAUGCCCCCGAUCUCCUUCCCCGUGCAUACACACACACACACACAUAUAUAUAUUAGAUACACCCGCCAUCAACCCAGUAACCUACUGUCCACACAGGAAACGCUGACCUCACACACAUACAGACACAACACAAGCAUGCUAACACACUCAUGUCGCACGUAUGGACACUUGACACGCACUUGUAUGGCAACGUGCACACGCAUUUGAACUCUAAUGUACUUUCAGUCACUCUCUCUCUCUCUCACACACACACACACACACACACACACACAGAACCCCAAGGGGUUGAGCCACCAAACCAGGGAUUAUUUGUCGAAACAAUUACAAUGUUGGACUUUAUUCAGCUGUAUUUGAGUAGAAGUGAAUGAGUAAGUUUUUAAUAAGGCCACAGUGGCUAGUAAAAUCCUUAAUUUGGCCACUUGGACUAUUUCACUCGACAUGUUGACAGCCGCUGGCAGAGCAGACAAACAUACCAGCCUCUGUUUCCCAGCAUGCCCUGCACUGGGUUAGCGGCUGGUGGUAUUCUCCCACUCUCAUGUCCUUACUGUCUGUUUAUCCACAGUAGGUUUUGGUCAAACACAACUGCACUGCGUUAAGUCAGUGCCACCACGUGAGUCCACAUCUUUGUACACAUCGGCCCGACCACGGUUGUGUUGCUGUCGCUCUAGAUUCUUGUUUCUUCUCUAAGAGCCUGGGCCGUUUUGCUGUUUUUAAAGUGUGGAGUUUUGUCCUUCUGUCUUGACUGUUGAUCUUUAGAGUUUGGAUUUGUUUCAGUUUUGAAUAUGAGGACACUAAAAGAAAAACUCGCCUCCCUCCCCAGCCUGUGGUCGCAUCAACAGGCCGGCACUUUGGCCCUGUACAAGACUGACGACCCCCGGGUCUUUAUUUAAUCUGAACCAUGCAGACUAGCUGUAAAACGAGGAACAUGAUUUGUUGCCGAGGUAAAAGACUGCUUUUCUUUGAAUCAGGGACGAGCUACAACAGCUCAACGACACAUGACGCAGAUACUCCUAGUUUUGCCCACAUCUGGUCAACUACAGAUGCUGAGAGGGGCAAGUGUGUUUGUUUUUGUGUGUGUGUGUGUGUGUGUGUGUGUGUGUGUGUGUGUGUGUGUGUGUAUACGGGUUUGUUACCUCAACUGGUCGUUUUUUAACUAAGUGAUUUGGGCAAAUGUUCAUUCUCAAUUUCAUCCUUGAACACACACCUGCAAUGCACACAGCUGAAAUUAUUUUUGUGAAGCGACUCGUGUUUUGAAUAGAUAGCUGAUGUUCAAAGGGGAGAUUCGUGAGGUACCAUGUAUAUAAGCAAUCUGUAACCUUUGUGGCUUUUGUGUGACAGGGAUAUGGUGUUUUGAUGGUUCAAAAAAUAGGUCAUAUACAAGUAUAUAUUUCAACAGCUUUAGGCGGUAGCGAGGGCAGCUCUGCAUCCGGGGCAGGAGACUACAAUAGAUGACAGGGAUUGUAUAUAUUAACUAUAUAUUCGGCAGGAUAUCCCUUAACAAAACAGAAAACAGCAAACAUUAAUUCUCAGUGGAUCGGUCUGUUUUUUAAUAAUUAUUUAUGCUUGUAUAUAAAGUGUAAUAUGUCGACGAGCCAAGAGAGGGUGCUGUAGAGGCAGAAAGGGAAGACGUAGCCGUGGUGACUCGGACUGUUUGGAGCGAUCAAUGGUUAGGACUCUGUCACUGAUGGAGCGCACUUUACCUUAACCCCCACCCCUGACACCUUAACACACCUGACAGAUGGAGACAAACACACACACACACACACAUACUGCACACACACACUAGGGUUAGACUGAUAUUCCUGGCUGAUUAUAAGGCUUCUGUUAAAAAUACAUUUGUGCACUUUUUAUUUAAUCCUCCAAGUUCUGUUUUGUUGUGGUUUAAUUUAAGUAAUGUAUUACUGUACAUCAACCUGUACAGCUCCCUUUACAGCUCUGUGGGUUGGCCCACCUUCAGUUUUUAUUGGCUGCCUGUUAGGAAUGAAUUAAGUUAAUAAAUUGAAGUAAAUUGAUCACAGAAAAGAAACUGUAAACAUUAAAGCAGAAGAAAAAUGAUAGGAAGAGAAAUUAGUAAAUGAAAUCAAAAGUACUAUUUAAGCGCCUUUCUAAAAAAAAAAGGCAAAUUGAUUUAAAACUAAAGAAAAUACAACUUAAGUUUUAAUUUUUUUUUUUUUUUUUUACAUUUUUCUUUCAAAAUGAUAAAUUAUGACAGAAAUAAUUGGCAAAUUUAAUGAUCAUUUUAUUAUGUUUUUCUACUAAUAGUUUAGAAGCACCAAUGGUAAUCAAUCAUUCAUGAUGGAUAGUUUGUUUUUUUAAAUAUCAGUUAAGUAACUAAUAAACCAAUGCAAAAAUGCAUCCUUUUUAGGCAACAGCAACUGCUUACAGUGUAAGCUACUAAAAGCAAACAAACCAUUUCAUCAUUCUGUCUACAUUUCGAGUUGAGUGUCACAUGACGGUCUAAAUUACCCCCCCAGAAAGGUUUUCCAGCUUUAAAAUGUUUGCAGGUAUAAUCGCUACUUAUCAUUAAGUAAUUUUUUGGCAUAUCAGAGUAUUGAGUAUUUGCAGCAUCAGUACAAAAAUACCAGUAUUAUCUGUCACAAACAUAUCAGUCAAACUCUAGAGCAGACACAUAGAUAGUAUACGAUUAAGCGAGCCAAGGCUGUCCCCUGUCCUCCUGCUUUCCCCUUUCCUCCUGUUAAAAGCCAUGUAUGUAUAUUUAAAGGAUCUCUCCUUCGCCUGUCACUGGUCGGCUGUAGUUUUAUAUCGCAGAGAGGUAAAACGACUAUGAAGGUAAAAGAAAUGUCAUUUUUGUACUCUAUAAUAAAGUGGCAAAGAGCGAUUUCGGGUACCGUGGGUAGAUUUUAGAAACAUAGUGGUCAAGAGUGCAAAUUCAUGUAUUUAUUUUUUCCAAAAAGCACUCUCAGCCUCCGUCCAUUUGUUUGUUAAAAGCUUUGGAGGCAGAGUUUGAGUAUCGUUUGUCGUUAAGCCGGAGGUUUCAGAACGAGUCUUGAUCUUUUAAUGACUACCUCCCAAAUCCAACGCAGACUUGUCGACUUUGGGUUUUACCACAUCCAGCCACCACAUCCUUUUCACGGGCAGCCCCUCUUCACCUCCCUCUCACCCCUGUCACUCACUCACUCAGUAUGGUUUUUUUUCCCUGUCUCGAAGCUUAAUCUCAAAACCCCACACACACAAACACACAACUACUUUUCUGUUUACUCCGUCCAGACAGCGAGUGUCAGCGCUAAAAUGACAACAAGUCAAAUUAUUUUGGGGUCAUUUCCAUGGGUAACACGUAGCCUCAUCACACACUACUCCCAUCAUCCUCUCCUCACUUCAUCUCCGUCUGUCACUUACUCACACACACUCAUCCACUCUGUGACAAGUCUGAGUGUCAAUAUUGCUUUUCUGAGCGCGUGGCAGAGUGAACAUAAAUCCCCCGAGUGUAAACACUUUGACUGUUAAGACUGUUGUACCCUGAGCUUCGAACAAAACAAAAAAAACAAACUCGCCCCACAUAUAAGUCUGCAAGCCAUAGGUUUGUCAAAGAAAUAAACAAAAUGGCAUCCUUUGCGACGGGACUCACGGGAGUUUUGUUUGUCAGUGGUCGUAUAAAGCCCUGGCACGUUCUUUAGAGCAACACCAGGGGUCGCUGUAAUCACAAAACAGAAAGACAAUCGUGCUGAGAAAUAGUUUCAAGAACCUGCAUCCCCCCCCGAAAAAAAACAAUACUUGCUCCUGUAUAACGAUGUUUAGAAGUCUCACUCACUUUCCAGUGUUAAUUUGUGCUGGUGACAGUCUGUUUUUAAUUGUUCUCUGAGAAUUGAUAUUAUUAUUAUUAUUAGUAUUAUUAUUAUUAUUAUUAUCAUCAUCAUUACCACAGCUUUCACUGAUGGUAGCUGUCAUGAUGAUAUAGAAAUCUGCGUUUAUUUGUGUAGCUUAGGCAUCUUGUUUUAUUUGGAAUUUGAUUUUAUUUUAUUAUAUAAAAAUAUUCUAUAAAUAUAUUUUUUGUUUUCUCUUUUUGGGAUUUGUUUUCUUUUUUCUUCAAAAAGGGUGUUACUAAUGUUGCACGAUUUUUAUGACAUGAAACAAACAACACAAGCGUAGUAAUAUUAGUACACGUGUGGCUGUGGACGGAGGCGCUGAACCAGUCGACUGCGAUAAACCGCUUCAAUGCUGCAACUUUGAGUCCAAUGUACAAACCUCUCAGUCCACACAUGCUAACAUUGGGGGGGGGACACAAUGAUGACCAGACACAAUGAUGUCAAUGCAUGGGCGUUUUAAAAACAAGCAAAGAGUGACUCAUGUUAUAGGAAAUACAAAUGUAAUAUCGACACAAAUAUACAUCACAAAGAAAUACAUUUAAGAAAAAAAAAUGAAAUUGAAGAAAAAAGUUUAAAAUAAAUUAUAGCUAAUAUAUUGUGUUCGGCUAGUCUGCUUUUUUGUUGUAAAGAUAAUUUUUUGUUGUUUUUGGAGAAUGAUAUACAAUUUGUGUAUAUUUUCAUAAAUAAAGUAUGCACUGAUGUUAUUACAAAUUCUAUACUGCUUUUACAAAAAAAAGUGUUUGUUAUUGUACCAAAGUAUCCAUUGGUCCCCUCUUACCCUCCUCCCCUUUUUGCGUAUGUUUUACCGUAUUUUAUAUAUUAAAUAGACAAGUUGACCUACAGAAAA